AGUAGUGUAGUAGCAAGUAGCGCAACUGUGUGUACGCGUCUAGUCUGCUUGUGUAUAAAUGUAAUAUUAGAAUUUAGAAUGUAGUAUGUAGUUUUCAAUAUACAUAUUUAAAAUCAUUAAAUUUGUUGAGUGAGUUUUUUCACCAGAGAUAAGACGUGAAUUGCAGCCACUUAGAAUGUCUUGACGAAGCAAGCUCUCCCCGGGAAGAAACACGACAGAAUGAGGUGUUCAAGCAUGGAGAGUUCUUGGACAAAAAUACAUGCAGCUGUCGGCAAUGAAGAAAUAGCCAAAUCUAGUUUCUAUAGUGGAAUAAAAGUGUGGAUUGAACGACCUCACAUUAUCAAUCGUAAAUUAUCAGCAGUUGAAAUGUUAAGUUCAUGGGUGCUUGAAAAUUCAAGUUUAGAUACAGUAAAAAUUUUAGAAGAUUUUUUUAAAAAAGGAAAAUUUACUCAUGAAGAAACUCUUACAAUGUUAGAGUCUAGAUUUUCACAGGAGAAAGUUGUAUCUUAUCAAAAGAAUGAAAACUACGAGUUUAGUAGUGUUACUAUAAUUUUGAGAAGACUUCUUCCAAGAAAUUUUGAAAAAUUUACUGGUGUUUUUGAAGUUGUCAUAAUGGAUGAUAAUCUUAACUGUGUCACCUUUUAUCCAAGAAGAAAAGAUGUGCUAAGCUCUAAAAUAGCUGUCUCAUUUCCAUAUAGAUUCAAGCUUUCCCAAAACCAAAUUGUUUUGGAGUCCUAUAGCAACAGAACAGAAAUUGAUCAAGUUGAUCUACUUUCAGAAGAGUGGUUGAAGUCUUUAGUUCUUCCAAAAAUUCUAAGGUGGUCCUGUGAUUACAACAAAUCCAAUACUGUUGCAUCUCUAAAACUUAUUUGCUCUAAAUCCUAUGCUGAAAAAUAUUUUUAUUUAAAAUCUAAAUAUGGGAAGUAUUUUAUUGAGAUAUGGCCUGAAUGUACAGAUCCGAAAAAGUAUGUGUAUGAAGACAUUGCUAUUGCAGCUUAUUUAAUGACUUAUUGGGAGAAUGAAAGAAGUAAAUUGAACAUGUCUUCAAUGCAAAGUUUCGUUGACAUUGGUUGUGGCAAUGGGCUGCUUGUUCAUAUUUUAAGAUCAGAAGGGUAUCCAGGAAUUGGUAUUGAUGUUCGUAAAAGAAAAAUUUGGGAUUUGUAUGACUGUAGCACAUCUUUAGUCGAACAAUCAAUAAAUGACCCAUCUAACAUGAGAUUUCCGGAGUAUGAUUGGCUUAUAGGAAAUCAUUCUGAUGAACUUACCCCAUGGAUUCCUGUCAUUGCAGCUAGAUCCAGUUAUAAUGCCAAAGUAUUCCUAUUGCCUUGCUGUUCUUUUACAUUUAAUGGAAAGUAUGAACGCAGUUGUGCAAAAGUUCCACUCUACCAGUCUUAUCUGCAAUUUGUUUCUGAUGUCUGCAAAGCUAUGGGAUUUGAUGUUCAGCAGGAUAAAUUAAGAAUACCCUCAACAAAAAGAAUUUGCUUUGUAUGUUCAUCUCGUAAUUAUAAAGAAGAAGAGGAAAAACAAAUAGACAGUUUAAGAAUUGCAUUUAUUGAAUCAAAGUCCAAGAAAAUGGUUCAGAAAAACUCUGCCAAUAAUGUAACUAAAUGUCUGAAAUUCAUUUCUCAUUCAGAUGUAACUGCCUCGAAUCCUGUGCCUGAAUUUGUGCCUCGGAAUCCUGUGGAAGCUGUUAGAAAUUGUUCACAGUUGGAUAAAGAAUUUCUAGAUAAAACUGUGAUUACUGUUUUGAAUAUACUGUUGGAAACUAAGAACUAUAUUUCUAUUGAAAAUAAAAACUCUGUGCAAUGGAAUGCUGGAGGGGAAAUAACUAUUCCAGAUCUUGUUUUGUCACUGGGCUCAGAAGUUUCACAAAAAAUGAAAAAACAAUGUGGUGGUCUUCAGACAUUUUUACGAAACUACAAAAAUGUAUUCCAUGUAAGCAAUGGUGUCGUCCGCUUAAGAAUUCCUUCUGCUAACAAUGAUUGGAUGCAUUCCAAGAAGAAAUGGAAAAAAUUUCAAGUGGAUAUUUUACGCACAAAAAAAUGUUAUUUCCACUAUCAUCAUCCUCAAGGAUGCCCUAUGUCUGAAGAUCUCUGCAAAUUUUCUCAUGUAAAAAUGUGAUUUUAAAUUUAAAAAAAAAAAG